GUCCCGCGGGCCGCGCCGCAGUAGCGUUCUGGACACUGGCAGUCGGCGUUCCUGCGCCACUCCGCAACGCCGCCUUGUACGUCCCGCUCAGGUGGUCGUAGUACGUACGAUACGCCGCGCGUAACCGGAAUAUACGUGGGGUACGACCGCGCCGCUCGAACGGUCGGCAGUCGUCGUCGAAUCGCCGUCACGUCACUUACCGACCGGUUUUGCAACGGCUCUCACCGAUGGCCGUGCGUAGUCCUAGUAAAAAUGUAAGUAAUAUUGUCAGCGGUAUUAUUUUCGUCGUUUCACACUAUUUGUCCGUUCGGUAUUAAAAAAACAAAGAAAAAAAAAACACCUUAAUAUUUUAUUUUUUUGACGUGUGUGUUGUACUUAAUACGUUAUAGAAAAAAAAAAAAAAAAAAACAAAAACAAUUACUCGGACAGUCAAUUUUCCCGUGGAAUUUUACGAAGUGAUAAUAUCGUUUUAGUAGGUAUGUAUUCACCUAUGUCGUCAUCCGACGGAUAGAAAAAUCCGCGGGUUUUCGUGUGCACUUCUCGCGAGAAGCAAUGCCAACUAAAUUCCCCCUACUCCCCACCGUUCUGGCGGAGGCUAUUUAUUGAGGGGAAAACAAAAAACGUAAAAGAAUCCAGUCGAUUGUCACCGUUUAAAUUUCACUCCAUUGGCCCGUAUCUAAUUCGCUUUCACCGUUUUGUCAAACGUACAGAACCAAACUAUUCGACCGAAUUGUAUUGUAAUAAUUUCCCAUCGGCAAUAAUUGUGGUUUUCAUAAAUUUCUCUUACCUACGUUUGUGUUUAACUGGUUCAACAUUCUAAACGUAAUAUUACGUCCAAUUCGUCUAUAUUUUUAAUACAAAUAUUGAUAUAUCUAUCAUUGUUGAUAAUAAUAAUGUACCCAUUGAUGUAAUGUUGAUAUGCUUUUUACGAUAUGAUAAGACAAUAAGAUAAUUAUAUUUAUUUUGAUAAUAAUUAUUACCUGUCAGUUAAAAAAAUUAAUAUGCUUUUUAUGAGUUGUAGUCUAGAAAUGUCAACAAUUUAAACUCCAUAUCUUACAUAAAUAGUAUACACUUAAGUUUGCUUAAUAUCAAAUUUAAAAUAUCUACCCUUACAACUACAUUUAAAUUCAUCAUAUUGUCUAUGAGUACUGAAUAUUAUAAUCUUAUAAUUGUAUUUUCUAAUGCCUAAUCAAAAAUUUUUUAUCCAGGCCUGUGGUUGUGAGCAGACAAGCCUACAUUUACACGUAGAGAUUGAAAAUUUAAAACAAAAAUUAUUAGAAAAGGAAAAUCAUAUUGUCAAUAUGGAGACAAAUUUUCUUUGUGAAGCGGAAAAAUUUCCACACGGCGAAUACGCUGCAUUAACUGAUGAAAUAUUGAUAUGGCAAGACAAAUAUUCUAGGCAAGUCAUUUUUUUGUUUUAAAUUAAUUAUAUUUUGUUUGUAAUCAUGUAAAUAUCUCAUAAUACUGAUUAGCGGUUCCAAUCAUUUAAUAAUGAAAACAAUAGUUAAACGUUUUAAUAUAUUGAGUUUAAAUUCUGUAGGUUAUUGGAAUCUCAUAAAAGAGUACAGCGUGUAAACCAAAGUCUCGAAGAUAAAUUAUUAUUACUCGUUGAUAAAACUGAAACAGAAAAGAAUUUAUUAAAUUCAGAAAUCACUACACUGUCUCAAAAAAUUUUAGAUCAACAAUUAAAAAUUAAUCAAUUAAACGAUGAAAAUGUGAGUUACUUACACCCAAUUCAAUAUUUAUUAUAACUUGAUAUAUUAUGUAAAUAAGUUUUUUUUUCUAAAUUAUUUUACACUUGCGCAUACAUAUUUAAUUAUCAUUUUUGAUGUUCAGGAAAGGUAUAAGAAUGAUCUUAAUAUUGCCAUUCAAUUACUCCAGUGUAAGCCCUCUCAUUUUGUGUCUCAAAAAUAUGAUAGUGUAAGUGAUGUUGAUAACACGCCAUCGAUUGUUGUGGAAUAUCACAAAUCAUAAUGUAUUUAUUUUUUUUUUAUUUAUAGUUACCAAGUGAAUUACAAUCCAAAGUCCAAAAUUACAUGUUUAACAAACAGCGAAGAUUAUCAGAUGGAAAUGGUAACCUAGCACAAAAAUCUGAUGGAAAAACUAUAAAAGUACCAAUUCCUACAUUUCCACCAACAGCCAUGGUAUAUUCGUUGAAUAAUGGUAAUUUUUAAGUUUACUUUGUAUGAUUAAUAUAAAACGCAAUAAAAUAUUAUGAUAAUUAAAGUGAAUAUUUUAACAAACUAAAUAUAGUUAUUAUAUGCUGAAACAAUUAAUAUAAAAUAUAUUAAUUUUUAACUCCUAUAAUAUUAUAUGGUGAUUACGACUCACUGAAAUACUAUAUCGGAAGUUCAAUGAUAUGUACAAAAUUAAAUUGGAAGUUGAUUUCAUGAAUAUAUAAUAUACAUCAUUACAAAGUUUAUAUUAUUACAUAUUAUUUUGUAAUGCUGUAUAAAACUUUAUAUAAUGUUAUACAUAUAAUAUAUAUAUAUUUGUGUAUGUGUGUGUGUGUGUGUGUGUGUGUGUGUGUACUUAUUUAUUUUCUGAUGCUAAAAUAAAAUAAUGAACGAGUGCAUUGGAUUAUACUAGUCUAUUCUCGGUAUGUUACCAUAAAGUUUAUUGUAUUUACUUCCUGAUCACUUAUAUUAAUAUUAGCAUUAUAUCCUAUUAUUUUGUUUUAUCCUAUGUAUUUGAUAAGGUGAUUAUUAUUAUAGAAAAAUAGAAAAGCACAAUAAUAUUAUACUUUCAUACAUCAAAUUAUCAUAUUGUAUAUGUUAGUACAUUUACUUUUUGCACUAUCUAUUCUGAACAGCAAACAAACACAGCAUUAUGUCAACACUUACACAACAUAUGUGUGCAUGAAUAAUUGAAAUGUAUUUUUCUUAUUUUAGAUAGAGAUACAAAGUCGAGAGAUGUUGAAGAUGGGUCCUUGAUGCAACCUAUUACAAAUGUUUCUGCAGCUAUCUUGGCUAAAGUUUUAGAAGAAAGAGUGAAAGAACGAUUAACCCAGCGUCACUGUUUUACUUGCUCUUGUACUAUUAAAAACACUGAUCAACAUGAAUAUCCUUCAUCACAAACCGAUUCCUCUGAGAAACGAGCGCGGUCUCUUAACAAAUAUAGUAAACGACCUGUUACUACUACUAAAAGUUCAGAAUCCCUAUCCUCUGAAUCUGAUCUGGCAUCAUAUUUUGAUACCACAACAUCUAUUACAGAAUCCUCUGAUAAUGGCCCAAAGUUAUCGGCUAGAUCUAGACUUUGUUCUGUACGCUUGCAAGAAGGCAGCAAUAAUAUAUUAUUGGAAAACUGUGGUAUGCCAUACACAGGGCCGGUCCUUUAUAGGAGUAUUUCUUCAAGUAUGGAAUAUGAUGAACCUUUAAUACAUUCACAAAAGUCAAUAGACCGCAAUACGCAUCCUAAUGAACAAACCCGUAUAUUACUUUCAGAUGAAGAAAUAAUUUAAAAAGAUUUUUGAUCUAUAAGAAUAAUAUAAAUGGAAGUGAUGCUGACAAUAAUUCUGUUAGAUUAUUGGCAAACUAGUGUAUUUUGAUUUAUAAUCUAAUUAAAAUUUGUGUAGCUACCUAUAUAGUUGUGUUAUAUAUUGUAUGAAAAAUAUGUGUGCAUAAUUUUUCAAUUUACAUACUAUAAGGUAAAAAAUAUUUUAACAAGAGACAAAAGUAAAUUUAUAUUUUAUUAUUAUUAUAUAAAUAACAGAAAUUUUGGUUAUUAAUUAUUUUUUCAUCCAGUUAACAAAUAAAAAAAAUUAUGUCAAAACUUGUUAAGCUAUAAUAAAUAUAAUGUAACCAGUGGCAUGCACAAAGGGGGAGGUUAAGGGUCAUAUCCACCCCACUCAUUGGCUUUUUAAUAUAACAAAAUAUUUAUUUAGAAAUGUAUAUAUUUCAGCUGAGUUACAAGAAAAUGCUUGAUUUAUUAAUUAAAAAUUGGUUUUUUUAAACCACUUGUAAAUUCCCAUUGUAAUUGAAUAAAGAAGAUUCUGAGAUUUAUUUACCUAUAAUUAAUAUUUACUAUUGAAAAUGCCUGAGCAGCCACUGAAUUUAACUCUCAGUUACUUUUUAUUAAGUUCCAUAAAUAACAUUAUUAUAGUUUACUUGAAAUUAUACAAGGAUAUUUUCCAUGAUAAAAAUUGAAAUAUUAUUAUAUUAAGUACUAUUAGUCACAUUAUUUUAGUGAUUGACUACUAAAACUAAAAUUUUUUUGUUAACAUAACAUUUUUUAUUGGCAGAUUAAUUUUGUAUUAUGACUUGGAAAAAUCGAUUUACAGGUACUUAUUGACCAGACAACAUUGUAUUUUAAACCUUAUUGGUUUGGUGAUUUUAAAAUAAACUAAAAAUGAUUCUAUCUAUAUUUUAUUUAUUUAAAUGAUAUAUAAUAUAUUAUAUGUAUGCUGCGAUUUUUGUAUAUGAC